AUGUAUGUGAACCCAUACAUGGAAUUUGACUCCGGUUAUUUGCGCUCACUGCUUAAGGGGAAGAAGGUGGCACCUGCCCCUUCUGUGGCCAGGAAACAUGAGGCCAACAAAGCAGUCAACCCCCUGUUGGAGAAGAGGCCGAAGAACUUUGGCAUCGGCCAGGACAUUCAGCCCAAGCGUGAUUUGACACGCUUUCUUAAGGGGAAGAAGGUGGCACCUGCCCCUUCUGUGGCCAGGAAACAUGAGGCCAACAAAGCAGUCAACCCCCUGUUGGAGAAGAGGCCGAAGAACUUUGGCAUCGGCCAGGAUAUUCAGCCCAAGCGUGAUUUGACACGCUUUGUGAAAUGGCCACACUAUCUGCCUGCAGACUUUCCUCGCCAGGACAUUCAGCCCAAGUGUGAUUUGACACGCUUUGUGAAAUGGCCACGCUAUAUUCGCCUGCAGAGGCAGCGCUCCAUCCUCUACAAGCGUCUGAAGGUUCCCCCAGCAAUCAACCAGUUCACCCAGGCUCUGGACCGCCAGACCGCCACACAGCUGUUCAAGCUGGCCCACAAGUACAGGCCAGAGACCAAGCAGGAGAAGAAGCAGAGGCUGCUGGCCCGUGCUGAGCAGAAGGCAGCUGGAAAGGGAGAUACCCCUACCAAGAGGCCUCCUGUCCUCCGUGCAGGUUUGCACACAGUCACUUCUCUGGAGAUUUGAACACGGUCACCUCUCUGGAGAGCAAGAAAGCCCAGCUGGUCAUCACUGCCCACGAUGUGAAUCCGAUUGAGAUUCGUUGUCAGGGAGGUGGUAUCAUGGGCCCCAAAUCUGCAUCACUAAGCUGGAGAAGACAAAGGCCAAGGAACUGGCAACCAAGCUUGGUUAAAUUCUUU